CGUCCUCCUCUAUCUCACACACACAUGCAUGCACACACACUCUCCCCUCUCCAUAUGUCUUCUCUGUCACACUCGCAUGGAGAUGAUGUUGGCUGCCAUCCUCUUGGAGCUUUUUUGCUGAUUUUUCUUUUCCCCCUUUAAAAUAGAGACAAAACAUUCCUCAAGUCUUAGAGCAAUGUUGAUGCAACAGCACCUCUUCCCUCUGUGCUGUGUUCAUCUGCCUGACUCCUGCCCGGCAUCAGCUCAUUUCAGGGGGAUUUAAGCGACAGAGUGUGUGCUGCGCCGGCUUGUGCGCUUGGUGGUUCUGGUUCCGCUGGAUCUUCCUCUACUCUUCUUAAUCUCCUGCCGAAGGAUGCUCAGAUCUUUACACGAUUGGGAAUAUUACCACUUCUACACCUGUCAGUGCUCCUGCUGCCCUCCUCUCUGCCCCGGCCAGAUCGUAGUCUGAGGUGCUCCAGUCCCCAAAAGGGAAGAAGAAGAAGCAUGUCAGAGGCACCUGUGUUGCACAAGGAAAUGAGCCAUCUGCUGCUUGUUCUGCUGGACUCCAGCCUUUAAAUCUGACUUGAGAUUAUCCAAAAAAAGAAAUAAAAAUACGGAAGAAAUUGGGGGAUUUUAAGAGUUCUUUUCUGCAGGGGCUGACUAAUCCUGUAUUGGUGAAUAUUGAGGAGCACCAGCUGCUUAACCGGCUCUAUGGUUUUCUGACUUGCCCAUAGAAGUGAUUUUUGGCAUCUCACUAAGAGUUUUCCUAAGCGCUCCAAGUUCUGCAAGUUCUGGCCUCCAGGGAGCAUGUCUACCCAGAGUGAAGGCAGAAGAUUUAACUAGAUGUCAGAUGUUGGCUUGUCUGGAGCUAAUGCACUGAGGUGAUUAGAGAAAUCCCCCGGACCCUGUCAGAUACUCCGAAUCAGCAAACUGAGAUGACCCAGGAACAGUGCACUCAUAGGAACAAUGUCCAGAGUUCAGAGAAACCACAAGUGUACAAAGUGGGAAUAUACGGCUGGAGGAAACGCUGCCUUUACUUCUUUGUCUUGCUGCUGAUGAUCCUGAUCCUGAUCAACAUGGCACUAACUAUCUGGAUCCUCAAAGUCAUGAACUUCACCAUUGAUGGCAUGGGCAACCUCAGAAUAACAGAGAAGGGCCUGAAACUGGAGGGGGACUCCGAGUUCCUCCAACCUCUCUAUGCCAAAGAAAUCCAGUCUAAACCAGGCCGCCCACUGUUCCUGCAGUCAUCCAGAAACGUGUCUGUCAAUAUAGUCAACAGCAACAACCAGCUGCUCACACAGCUCGUCACAGGAUCCAGUGGAUUUAAAGCACGAGGCAAGAUGUUUGAAGUCAAAUCCACAUCUGGGAAGCUCCUGUUCUCUGCUGAUGAGCAGGAGGUGGUGGUUGGCGCAGAGAGGCUCCGAGUUAUGGGGGCCGAAGGAGCCGUGUUCAGCAAAUCAGUGGAGACGCCGCACGUCAGAGCCGAGCCGUUCAAAGAGCUACGGCUGGAGUCUCCCACCCGCUCCUUGGUGAUGGAGGCCCCCAAAGGAAUCCAGAUCCUGGCCGAGGCAGGAGACAUUCAGGCCAUCUGCAGGAACGAGCUGAGACUGGAGUCCAAAGAUGGAGAGAUCUCUCUGGACGCCCGAAGGAUCCGCCUGAUGAGGCUGCCAGAAGGGAAAGCCUCCAGCAGCUCCUCGUCCUCAGGGACCAGGCAGACUGUCUAUGAGGUUUGCGUUUGCCCAAACGGGAGGCUUUUCCUGUCCCAGGCUGGCACUGGAUCCACCUGCCUGAUCAGUAACAACGUUUGCCUCUAGGACUGAUUUGUAAACUUAUAAAUAACGACACAGAUACCCAGAAACAGGCAGAACAGACCGAUGUAUGCGUUUCGCCUGUCUCUAAGACUGAUUAACAGCCAACACAUUUACAGAACUACAAAGACUGCCAGAGCAGAUGGACACACCAACACUUUACAAUCACAAACACUCUGACAUGAACACUUAGACUCAACCCAUGUUCAAAGUCUAAUCCAGACAAGCUUGAAUUAAAGCUGCUGACAGAUUUCAGUUCUAUGGGAUUUUUAAAAAAUGCAGGUUUGUACGACUAGAGGUCAUAAAAGAAUAUCUGUCCCUUUUCUCUUGGGAAUACACGUCAGGGGACAGUAUUUAAUAAAAGGCGUGUUUGUAAUAUAUCAGCUUGACCUCAAUAGUCCUACACGAGCAACUUACACAUGCACACAGUUGCUGAUAGACACCUUACACUCAACGUACAUUCACAAACACACAUUUGCUCCUGGCAAGAAAACUCCAGAGAUUUACUAUGAAAGACACUGAUUUGUUUCCUUUCUCGUCAAGCAUUUCAGGCGCAGAAUCACUAGGGUGAUCACCCAUGGCGACAGGCCAUUCUUCCCAAUCUCCUUCCUUUUCUCUGUCAUCACCUCCUCUCAUCUUCCCCCGAUUAGCUUCUACAGCUCAGAUAUUUUCAUUUCUUGCUGCUCAUUAGACACAAUUAAGCCCAAAAGGCAUUCUGCAAAUACCUGGUGAUGAUCAUUCCUAAUUAGAUUGAAGUCCUUGAAUAUUUGUGGAGUCAAACACACCAACCGUUUAAAAAGAAGCCAAGAUUUCAGCACGCCCUCGCUUUAGAAGUAAGCAACCUCACUGCAGUAUCAGUUCGUUGACAUAAAGCAAACAGAAAUCGAUAGAUGACCACAUGACAACAAGUCAGUCCCACUGAAGACAGCAGAAGACUAAACAGUAAUGGACUACCAGCCCAGAAACUGGAAAUUUUCCACUGUAACAUGAACAACUGCAGAUAAAUGACACCAAAUAAAUUGGAAUAUUUUAAUCUGAUUAUCUGAACUGAAACUAAAAGCCUAACACACAUUAGAAGUUUUAAGAAACAUGAUUUGAAGGAGUUGACAUGAUUUUCUAAACUCUUCAUGAAAGGUCUGACAUGGUUCAGUCACAAGCAUCUUUUUUUUUUAUCUAUUUUCUAUGCAAAUGUAAAUCCACACAAGCUAUUCUCCCUGAAGCACUUUAUUGCUGCACAAAGGAGUAAACAGUAAACAUGGUGAGAGCUCACACUAGCACACACCUGAGCUCAAACCACCACAUAGAAAAAGGUAGAAAAACACAGUUUUACUAUCAAAUACUUGCUUUGUCAGGUUAUAAAACAUUUGACAAAGUGCUGAUAGGUCAUUAUAUGUGACUAAGUAUGUGACUACCCGUGAGAAUUUGAUGCAAAAAAAUCAAUAGCUUUAACUUGCCUCUAUGGCAGUCCAGUGAAAAUGGAAGUUGGGGUGGUAGAUAAAUAAAGGGAAGAUUUAAAAACCUGCAAAGCUAAAGGGUUCACCAAAUGAGACCAUUUCAGACCCACGUGGCCCUAACUUAAGUACCAUGGCUGUGAUGGAAGCUUCUCUCUUAUUUUUAGCUUUUGAUUCAAGUUGCACAACCUGAUAUAAUUUCAUUUCAACGUUACGUUAGAUAAACAUUAACAUAAUUUAACCCCGCUACUGUGCAUUUACCUCCACUUUAAGGUACAAAGUUUAUAGAAAGUGACAAUAUUGAGGGAUCUUUAAGAUUAAUUAGAUGUAGCAUUUGAAAUCAAGUAGUGGUGACGUCCCAUUUAUGUGCUCUGGAACACAGAGUUUAACUUUUCUUUGUGAUUUGUCCCCUCUGACAUCCUGAAAUCAAGUGAACUUGCCCAACACUAACCAUCAAAAAUCAAAUGAGAUACUGAAAAAAAACUAAACCUUAAAACCGUGUGCCGUAGCGUAUUAUUUCUGCUGAUGUUUCUGUUCCUGCUACACAGUGUAUUUGAGUUUUUUCUAACUUGGUGAGCAGUGUGGUCAUCUAGUCUCAGUAUGUUGAGCUUUCUCAGCCACCGUAGAUCCUGAUGUGUACGUGUAGUUGUAACCACACGUCCACAUCAGGAUCCAGGUUUGAUUGGAUGAACUGAUGCUAAAGUGGGGAGAAAACACAGAAACCUCUGAGAUGCCAGGCUUAAAUUAAAAUGAGUUAACAGGCUGUGAUGUCAGGUCUAAUUCAUGUCGCAUUUACCAACAGUAAUACUGUUUGAGUGAACCACUUCAUGAUACCUCCAUUCUUUCUUUCCACUUCCUCUAGAAAGUUACCCAAUUUCCUGUCAAACAACCUGACCCCACUGAUAUUAUCAGGUAGCUUUUUGUUGUAGCUCUGAGGCUCUACACCAGUAUACUUAACGUGAUAUGUUGCAAGCAUGGUGCAUCAGCCUCUGAUGAAAGUUGCUGACGUUAAACUGACUGAAUAAUGUCAUGUCUACACCGACUUGUGUCCUCCUGAUAAAACAUCACCAUCCAGCUCCACUGACAGAGAAGAAAAUGAAAAUAUUUUUAAACCACUAAGAGAAAACCAGAAUGUUUUGAACCUCCGCGGUGGUCACCCUACUUGUUUCUUGCACUGGGACAUUUUUUUUAAAAGGACAAAAAAAUAAAUAAAUAAAGCGAGCCACUCUGUUGAAAGAGGGGAACUGUGCCUGUGCCUUACGUCAAUGCACUUGUGGCAAGAAGAAGCACAUCACACAGACUUUCUUUGGCAUCAGCGAGUCACAUGACCUGAUUUCAGUUACCCCUCAUCCAACACAUGAAUCUUCCCUCUGUACGAAUGCAAAGACCUCCAGCCACAUCUGUCUGUAGAUGUCAAUACCUCACUGUGAGAAAGGAUGGGGCCGUUGUGUUUCACUAUUCACUACUUUAACUUCUUCUUGUUUUUCAUGAUUAAAUAUUCUGUGUUAAAAAUGUCUGAUUUUAAACCAUUUGUGCUGAACAUUGUGUCUUCUGUGUGUUGCACUACAAAAUCUUUGCAUCUUUAUGUAGUUAUUAACAUUUCAACAGUCAAAAACAAGAUUUCUACUUUAAAUUUAUGGUAAAUAGUCUGUAUUUAUGUAGAGCUUUACUGUACCUGGAUUGAUACCCAAAGCACUUUACAUUAUACAUCACAUUCACACACACAUUCACACACUGCUGGCGGAAGCUGCCAUGGUGCUCGACCACGACCCAUCAGGAGCAAUUUGGGGUUCGGUGUCUUGCUCAGGGCAACCUUGACAUGAGCUCGACAGGCCGAGGAUCAAACCGACAACCCUCAGGCUACAAGACGACCACUACCCACUGAGCCACUCCACCACUGGUUUAUCAUAAAAUACUUAACAACACAACAUUUUCACCAGUUGUGACAGAGUUACACUUCUCUGCACAGUCCAGGGAGUCCAGCCGGAAGUGUUCCGGCUUUCCUGGGUUGGAGAGAGCUUCCAAAAGGAUGCAGGUCAGUUUGAAGUUUCAGAUUUGUUCGAAGAUGCUGAUGCUCGUGAGAUAUUUUUUUUUUUUUCCCCCCUAGCCAUGUGCAUUGGCAAGGAUUUUUUAUCAAAUCUGAUGCCAAGACAAAAUCAGGCUGGUAUUGUUUUAUAGUCCAGUUAGAGCUACAGAUUUAUCCCAAAAGACUCCAUGUACACGACAAUGCUGAGACAGUGAAACGCAAAAGUUUUGUUGAGUUUUGGUCCUUCGUUUCCACAGUAACAGAGUUUUACAUGGAGAAAAUCUCAAAGGUUUGAGACCAGGCUACUAAGUGAACUUCCACUCUAUACCUUUUAGACCUUAAAACCCAGCAUUUUGGACGUGUUUGAAGGCACAGUGACAUCUGCUAUGUGCAUUUCUGAAGCCGUCGCUGUCGAGCAGCAUCCCGCAGCUGAGAAACUGCACUAUGCAACUUCUUUACUUCUUUACUUCAGCAAAGAUGUGGAGAUUACAGAUGCUAGAUCAGUGGUUCCUAAACUUUUUGAGCCACGACCCCCAAGAUAACAUAUCUUUGUGUUCUGAUAAUGAUACAAACAACACAACAAUAUUAACCAGUCAAAAGAAAAAGAAAAGAUACGUAGAGGUGUUGAAGUUAAUCGUUUCUACGAUGCAUCCUGAUGCGGACGUGGACGUUUUUGCAUCGAUGCAGCAAUAAAACAAUUGAUUAUUAGUAAAGUAAUCUUUAGUAAUGCGGAACAAUAAAGUUCUCAAGUAGAAAAUAACAACAGACUUAAAUAAUUUUAAUAAAAAAAGGAGUUCAUAAUCAUCUGACUGCUUGCAUUCACUGAUUACAAACGUAACAGCGUCCAGUAAUAAAGAAAACUGAGGAUGCAACACAGUGAUGCAUCGUGGAAUCAAAUCCAAUCAAAUAGUUAAGAUAAUCAACCUGGCUUGUGAGACCAGUGACAAUGUACAGACCUGAGUAUACCACAGUGUUGUGGAUGAGUGUUUAAAUCUGGGGAAAAUUCGUAAAAAUUGGGUGUGAGAAGACCUUGGAAAAGCUUUCUUCAUACUUUCCUUUUAGUCAUCUGUUUGGUUUGUUUAUGGCACACAAGCACUUAUUUUGGUCUAGGAAAGAAAACUACUAAUGAGUGACAAAGAAAUAGAUUGUGUUGUUAUUUUCACUUUUUAUACUGAAGUCUGAUGCUAAAACCUCUAGUGUAUUUUCCCACGAAAGGAUUCAGGUGUUUCUGGAGCUGAAACUAGAGCAAGCUGAAGUAGAAGCUUGAUAACUCUGGGUUUUAAUCAUCUGCCAUCUGUCAUGCAUGUAGCUACAGAAACAGAAAAUUUUAUUAACUCCUGAACCAAAACAUAAAUUGGCAGAAGAUUCUGUUUUAGGGAUAGGGUGAGAAGCUCUGUGCUCCGGGAGGGGCUCCGAGUAGAGUCGCUGCUCCUCCGAGAGGAGCCAGAUGAGGUGGCUCAGGCAUCUGGUCAGGAUGCCUCCUGGACGCCUCCCUGGUGAGGUGUUUCAGGCACGUCCCAUCGGGAGGAGGCCCCAGGGAAGACCCAGGAUACGCUGGAGGGACCACAUCUCUCUGCUGGCCUGGGAACGCCUCGGGAUCCCCCUUAUGAGCUGGCAAAUGUGGCUGGCAAGAGGAAAGUCUGGGCUUCCCGCUUAGGCAGCUGCCCCCGCGACACGACCCCACAUACGUUGUAAGAAAAUGGAUGGAUAGAAGAUUAUAUUUUAAUAUGUCUCCUUGCAGCAGCUAAAAAAGACAUAUAUGCGUUAGAGGUGUCGGUCAAUCUGAUGUGUGAAUAAAUCCAUUUUAAGAUGUGACUACAGAUCCAAAGAUGCAAAGAUCUUGUAUUUUAACAAUGUUUUUUUUUUUUUUUAAUAUAUGUUGCACAGCAUCUACUGUCUUUAUAGUCUCUUCCACCGUUGCGUGUUUCACACCCUUUCUUUGAGUCAGGGUUGCCAUCUUUCCUGCUGUUUCAGCUUGUCUGUCGCUGUAUAUUAAAAGACUUUAACAAAUAUUUCACCACAGAACUGAACCUAUCUGAGGUAUUUGUUUUUUGGAAUACAUGUACACAAGAGAUAUACAUCUUUUUAUAUGGUUGUAAAUGUAAAUAAUGUAUACAUAACCAUGUCGGUGCAGCAAUGGGCAAACACACCGACCAGAGAGAAACACUGCUCUUUCUGGAAAGACAAAAACCUUUUUUAUGGAAAUCACUAUGUGUUUUUAUACUAAAAGGACAAAAAAACUAUAUUAAAGGAUAUUCAUUGAGUUAGCAUGUACAGCAGUGUAUACUAUAUUGGCCUGUGGAGAGCAAGCUGGUUUCGUUUUUAAGCAUUUUCCUUCCUCUUCUCGUCUCUCCUGCUGAGCUCUAAUGUUUCUCUCAAACUCAAACCAGCUUUUCUAUUUGUUUUGUUGUUAUUGUUUCACCGGGCUGAGGUCUUUGCAUUCUCCCGACUGUGCUGUGUGUAAAUUUGUGAUACUAUGAGUUAGCAUUUCUUUUAUUCUCCACUGAACGUGUUGAAUGAUUCUCAGAGAAGCAGAACCAGAAAACUAAAGAAAAAAUAAAAAAAAAGAAGAGCAAAAGGAAGAGGUGCAUGGGGCUGAGGAGGCUUUUUUUUUUUUUACAAUUAUUGACUUCACUCCAAACAUGGCAGGAAAUAAAUCAUUGCUUCUCACUUAUUCACAGUAUCACUAUUAUAAAUGCAAACAGUGUAACUUUAAGUCACAACUUGAUGUGCAAAAUGCAUUUAAAAGAUGUUGGACUGAAAGUUUUUUAAACCCAAAAAGCUGCAUUUUGCAAGCAGUUCCCCCAGCCCCGUGUGUUCAUGCUGAAUGCUUCAUUCUUCUUUUUCUGUCAGCUUUACAUUUUUCUUUCUUCCUCAGUCUGAAACUGCCAUUCAUGGAGGAGUUUUGAAAGAUGCCAAAAUAAAAAGGUGUUGUUCAA